AUGUUGAGAGUCAAUUUGUCACCCAAACAGCACCUACUGUUGACAGUGAACAUGUACCAGAAACAUAGGAAGCUGAUGUUAACAUUGAUGAUGAAGGAUGUGCCUUAUGUGAGUGAACAUGAACCAAAAACACAGGAGGACAAUGGUGAAGAUGGAGCUGAAGAAUCACAGGAGGACAAUGAUGAAGAUGGAGCUGAAGAAUCACAGGAGGAUAAUGAUGAAGAUGGAGCUGAGGAUGAUGAAGAAGGAGUUGAUGAUACCCAAGUUAGGGUUAGAACUCAAGUCAGGGUUAGAACAAGAAAAUUUGUUAAUAGGGAUAUGCCCUUUCUUUUGUAA